GAGGAACCCGGACCGGAGGAACCCGGAGGAACCAUGGAGAACAAGGUGCAGAUGAGGAAUCACCCCCGGAGGCAGCUGAAGAAGCUGAGCGAGGACAGUCUCACCAAGCAGCCGGAGGACGUGUUCGAUAUGCUGGAGAAGCUGGGUGAAGGGUCCUACGGCUGCGUGUUCAAAGCCAAUUACAAAGAGACGGGGGAGAUGGUAGCCAUCAAACAGGUUCCUGUGGAGUCUGAUCUUCAGGAGAUAAUUAAGGAAAUAUCCAUCAUGCAGCAGUGUAACAGUCCACAUGUAGUGCGUUACUAUGGCAGCUACUUCAAGAACAGUGACCUGUGGAUCGUCAUGGAAUACUGUGGAGCCGGAUCAGUUUCUGAUAUCAUUAGAGUACGCAACAAGACGAUAACAGAAGAAGAGAUAGCCACCAUCCUGCAGUCGACUCUGAAGGGUUUGGAGUAUCUUCACUUCAUGAAAAAGAUCCACAGAGACAUUAAAGCAGGAAACAUCCUGCUGAACACGGAGGGUCAGGCCAAACUGGCCGACUUCGGUGUUGCCGGACAACUCACAGACACCAUGGCGAAGAGGAACACGGUCAUUGGCACGCCGUUCUGGAUGGCUCCAGAAGUUAUACAGGAGAUCGGCUACAACUGCGUGGCUGACAUUUGGUCUCUGGGGAUCACAGCGAUAGAGAUGGCUGAGGGGAAGCCGCCCUACGCUGACAUACACCCAAUGAGGGCCAUCUUCAUGAUUCCCACCAACCCUCCUCCAACGUUUCGGAACCCGGAUCUGUGGUCGCUGGCAUUUCAAGACUUUGUUGGCCAGUGUUUGGUGAAAAACCCAGAAAACAGGGCGACUGCCACUCAGCUGUUACAGCAUCUGUUUAUCAAGACGGCCAAGCCCAGCUCCAUCCUCAGAGCCCUGAUCACAGACGCCAUGGAGAUCAAACUGAAGAGACAGGAGGAGGCGGAGCAGAGAGAACUGGACGCAGAAGAUGACGACAAUUCGGAUGAGGACGAGGUGGACCAGGGGACGAUGGUGCGGGUGGGGUCCGGAGACUCUGGAACCAUCCGGUCCGCUGGCUCAUUAGUGGGUUCGCUGGGCGGGACGGCACGGACCAUGAUCGAACACGACGACGGGACCAUGCAGUCCCAGCUGGGGACCAUGGUCAUCAACUCUGAGGAUGAGGAAGAUGCUGGUACAAUGAAAAGGAGAGAUGAGACGAUGCAGCCAGCGAAGCCGGCCUUCCUCGAGUACUUUGAGCAGAAAGAGAAGGAGGCCAACAGUCACAACGACGGAGGAGGACGAGGAGACAACAACGCAGACAACCGCAAACUGCCCGGGGAAGGAGAUCUCGAAGUGGUCAGUACGUGGUCGGUGGAGGAGCUGCGGCUCAGGCUCACCUCUCUGGACCCUCAGAUGGAGCAGGAGAUCGAGGAGAUCCGUCAGCGCUACCAGGCCAAGAGGCAGCCCAUCAUGGACGCCAUCGAGGCCAAAAAACGGCGGCAGCAGAACUUCUGAGGAGCCGUCGAGCUCGUCACUGCAGCAACUGGAUGUUUUUCUCUUGGUAACUGGUCAUGAAGCAGGUGGAAGGUGCGAUGACACGACGGGGUGAUCGUUAAACUGAGACUUGAAGACAGGAGAACGUCCGCUGGGCUGUUCCCUGUUUGACAUUACGUUUGAUUUGAAACCCGGAUCUCGUUUCUCUCCCUUUGAGACGACAGUGGAGAGAUUUAAAUUCAUCGUCAGCCGAUCUGUGAGUUUUCUUUCUGCUGUUUUCUUGCUCGAGCUCGUCUGUGCUGAUGUUAAAACCCCCUGCGGAUCUCCAGUGUGGUACGUCUUGUAACUGCAGUUUCUUCCCGCUUCCUUCUUUGAACGAUGACGCUGCUCGACGUCUGGGUUCCCGCUCGGGACUGUGAGCGUCUACCAGUUGAUUUUCUGCCUUCGAAAUUGUGAAAAACACAAAAAUGGAUGAAAAUACUUGAGAAUCAUUGGAUUGUUCCAGCAGACGACUUCCGUCAAGUUUCCUUCACAUUCUGUGUUUGUCAGGUUCAUUGUUCUAAACUUUAAAACUUUGCUUCUGAAAACUUAUUUUCUGUAUCAGGUACAUUUCUAGGUUUACUUUUUUUUAAUCUUUUGCCUUAAAACAAAAUGUCAUUGUUUGUAUUCUCUGUUUCAACAUGCAGCUAAACUGCUUCACUUUAAUACAGAUUGACUUUCUCUUUGGUUUUUGAAAUCACCUCGUCCAUGUUUAACUCAACGUCCGGAGCAUGUUGAGUUCUUCUCUUUAUUUCCCAUUAUUGGUGCAGCUGAUGGAGAUUAAUAUGUAUUCAUCUCUUCAUGGAUCAAACUGGAUCUCAGUGUUUAUCAACCUGAGAUAAAUCUGAACAGCCUCAAAAUGGAAAACCUAAAAACUGGAUUUCAAACACUUGACCUGAACCCGUCCAGUCACCAGUUACAAUACAACGUUUAAUGAAUGGGUUGUAACACAGAAUAAUGUAAAUAGACUUUUUAAAAGACAAAAAGAUUCAAAAUAAGUUACUGUUAUUAUUCUCAUACAUUCAUUAUCUGUUCAUACAGCCGUGUGUCCACAGGAGGAGCUAUAGUUGUUAACAGAUGCAUUCAUUUACACUUUGAUCUACAUAUAAUUACAUUAUAAUGUGUUAUAAUUCAAUUUAUUACAUGUUUACACACGACAUGUGAAUUCCAGCAGAUGAUAAAAGAUUUGGACCCGGAUUCAUUGGAGUGGAGCCACAGUAUUAAGAUCGAUGCUGUUUCAUUUCAUCCCGAACUCGACAUUCAGACAUGAAUUUUAAUUUCUAAUCUUUACAUCAUGCUGCAGCCUCAAUUUACUGAACGUUAGUUUAUGCAGCAAAAUGUUUGGAAGGGAAUUUGAUCAGAUGAUAACUCUUCCAUUUGUGUUUUUGCUCCAACAUCUUUCUCCUUGAGUAAAAGACCUGGGCGGACAGAUUUAUGGAACCGAUUCAACAAAGCUUUUAUUUUGUGGGUUUAAUAUUUUUAAUCUGGCGCAGUGGACUCAAUGCUGGCGUCGACCCAGGUCUCGUCUUCUAACAUUCCUCAGAGCAGCUCGGCCGCCUCAGACGUUUCUCAUCGUCCAGCACAGAAGAAGAUAAAGGGAUGCGUUAUAUUUUUGUACGUAGGUUUAACGGUUACACAGUCAGAGAACAGAUUAGUUUUGAUCACAGACGUGUGAUUCAGAGUAAAAACGUCUCAGGUCAUAAACUCCUCAGGGGUGUAAAAUAAUGACGAGAGAUUACUGUAGAUAUUCCGGAGUCGUGUCUGUGUUAGGACUCGGCUCUGUUUGUAUAUCGUGUUGAGUUCGACCAGUUGAAGGUUUGAGACACUUCUCAGCAGGUCGUUGCUUUUAAAUGAAAAACUCCUCCGCUGGAUUUUCUGUCUUUUGUCAUUUUGUGUUACAAGCUACAGCGAAGUAUCCGGGCCACUCCAAGAGAUUCAGAGAACAACGGCGUAAUGUUUUGAGAGUAAAGUUGAAAACGAAGAAAUGCAGAUGCAAAUUUGACGCUAAUAAAGUCUUGAUACUAAAGAGGAGUGAUUUUAGGAGAAUAAAAAUUAAUAUUACAGGCAUUUGUUUUCUUCCUCGUGGCCCUAAUACUCCGUCGUAAUGAGCAGAGAACGAGGGAUUUUAUUUCCUGCCUCAUCUUGCCAUGUUUUCUGUGCACUGCUGUUUUUGAAGAUCCAAACAUAGAAAUGUUUUUUUUCUGUCUUUAAUUUUAGCUGAAUUUUUAUUGUUUAAAAUUUGAAGCAUGAGCUGUUUGGUGCUGACAGUGAACUGUAGUGAGGCGUCAGAUAGAAAUGAGUCGUUCACACUGGAGAACAGAGACUUUUUAAUGUUUUAACUCAAAAACACGCUAUUGUUGUAAAUACACGUCUGAACACGUGUUUUAAUGUUCAUUUAACAACUGCAGCAAGAAGAGUUUGAAUCAGUCGAAUGUUUGAUCUGUGCAAAAACCUUUCUUCACUGAGACACAUCUGGAAAACAACUGGUAUUUUGACAUUUUGGUUCAUUAUUUAAAAUAAGGUGUUUGUUCUGUUUUCAGCUCUGUUUCCAGGUAAAGUGUGAAAUGUUCAUAUUCAGAUCAACAUUGCGCUGCAGUCUGGAGUCGGAGGUUUUUUCAGGUUUGUGAACGAUCUGCUGUUCAGUCUCUUGUUUUGCUCGCUCCCUGUUUCUGAUAUUUCUGAAGUUGAUCUGCCUUAAAGAACGAUGCAGUGCAAGUUUGAGAUCACUGAUGUUUGUCUGCUCGGCUAAUAAAGAAAACCUGAGGAAA